UGAGGUUCGAGCCAUUCUGCAUCCCACAGGAGUGCUGCUGCCAAUGGCUAUCCCCAGGAGUCCCCUGAGCCUGACAUCCUGGGAACAGGAAAGCUUCCUGCAAGUGAAGGUGGAAGAUGAUGAGGCAGGCGUCUCCCAGGGCCAGGAAUCUGGCCUUGGUGGCCACACCGCUCACCCUGAUGCUGCACGCUUGCGCUUCCGGCAGUUCCACUACCAGGAGGCAGCAGGCCCCCACGAGGCCCUGGCCCAGCUGCAUGAGUUGUGCCACCAGUGGCUGCGGCCUGAGAUGCGCUCCAAGGAAGAGAUCCUGGAGCUGCUGGUGCUGGAGCAGUUCCUGGAUGUGUUGCCCCCUGAGAUUCACGCCUGGGUGGGGGCCCAGUGCCCUGAGAGCGGAGAAGAGGCUGCCGGGCUGGUGGAAGAUCUGACCCAGGUGCUCGACAAAAGAGUGCUGCUCACUGAGGACUCUGAGCUUCCCCCGGAUGGGAACUUCGGCAACAGGUGGGCGGGCACGAAGCCCCUGACGGUCAAAUACCAGGUGAGGGAACAUCCUCCCAGUCUGGAACAGGCCAGCACGGGCCUUGAGGAGGCAGCCUCACCGAAGCCAGGCCAGGAGCAGAGGCACAACCUGAACCCUGGACGUGUAGCCUCCACCCACAGUGGGGAGCUGGACAGCAGCGGGGCACCCCAGUUCCUAGAGUGGGACCCAGGACCCGAGCCCGCAGAGGCAAGCUGCAAUCAGAGCAAUUCAGAAGAGUCACAGUCAUCAGACGUGGUCACCAAAAUCUUCAUGGGAGAUGUAUCUUUGGGACCUGCCUUUCGUGAUGCUUGUGAACACGAGGACAGCUCAGAGAGGCGGGCAGGACUCUCAGGGGAGACCUGGACAAAGUCUGUCACCCAACAGAUGGAUUUCAGGAAAACUUCAGGGCCUCACAAGGACGCCUCCACAGACCAGCCCAGUUGUGACUAUGGUGUCUCAAGGAACAGUCCCAACAUGUGGCCAAACUUUGCCUCAGGAGAAAAGGCUCCUUCAGAAGAGAAAUUCGAUUCAUUAGAUGGUUACAGGACUGAGUCUCCAUGCAUGUACCCAGAGCUCAAGUUCUCCAAGUGUGGCAACUGUGGGAAAACUUUCAGGAGCCCCUUGGCCCUUGAGGCACACCAGAAGAGCCAUUCUCGAAAGACACCCUAUGCCUGCAGCGAGUGUGGGAAAGCCUUCAGCCGAAGCACUCACCUGGCCCAGCAUCAAGUUGUCCACACGGGGUUGAAGCCCCAUGAGUGUAAAGAAUGUGGGAAAGCCUUCAGCCGAAUCACCCACCUGACUCAGCACCAGAGGAUCCAUACUGGAGAGAAACCUUACAAAUGCGGGGAAUGUGGCAAAACCUUCAGCCGCAGCACUCACCUCACCCAGCACCAGCGGGUGCACACGGGGGAGCGGCCUUACGAGUGUGAGAAGUGCAGGAAGGCCUUCAGUCAGAGUACCCACCUGACUCAGCACCAGCGGAUCCACACCGGGGAGAAACCCUACAAGUGCAAUGUAUGUGGGAGAGCCUUCAGCGACUACUCAGCUCUGAUCCGACACCUGAGGAUCCAUUCUGGAGAGAAGCCUUAUCAAUGUAAGGUUUGUCCAAAGGCCUUUGCCCAGAGCUCCUCUCUCAUCGAGCACCAGAGGACCCACACGGGAGAGAAGCCCUACAAGUGCAGUGACUGUGGGAAAGCCUUCAGUCGUAGCUCAGCCCUCAUGGUUCACCUAAAGAUUCACAUCACAGUGCUACAGUAACCAGAAAAUGCCCUCAAGGUACAGCACAGCCUCCCCUCGGAGGCUCAACAUCUAAGAGAAACCCUGAGUUCC